GACCUUGUUGCUAGCCUGUCCCUGUCCUAGUCGAUGCGGAUAAGUAUCCUAUCAUUCACUCUUCCACAUCACCUUGAUUCUUCCUUUUUCCUUUCAAUAGUCAUCGAGAUAAGAACAAAAAAUUACGAUAUUAAUUUCACCAAUUAGUCUUCAAAUCACAGAAGCAAAGGGUUAUUAUCCGUAUCAACCCGCCAUUGAAACGGGUUUGAUGCUUUUGGGUGAAGUGAGUGGUGCAACUUUGGAUCCUACUAUUACACACAUGGCUUAUUACAAAUCGCUGAGUUCCAUCACUGUGUCGGAUAUUGAAUCCCAUGGAAUUGCAAGAGAAGACGCUGCCACUCUCCACCAGGGUCUCGCAGAAAUCAUUGAAACUCACAGCAAUGGCACCCCCGCCACGUGGCAGCACGUCAGCAACAGCAUCCUCAACCCUGAACUUCCCUUCUCCUUUCAUCAGAUGCUGUACUAUGGUUGCUACAAGGAUUACGGUCCCGACCCACCCGCUUGGAUACCCAACCGGGAAAGUGCUGCUUUGACUAAUGUUUGGCAGUUGCUAGAGAGGAAGGGUGAAGAGUUUCUGGGUUCGGCAUAUAAGGAUCCUAUUACAAGCUUUGAUGAUUUCCAGAAAUUUUCAGUCUCAAACCCUGAGAUAUAUUGGAAAUGUGUGUGGGAUGAAAUGAGCAUAUCAUUUUCCAAACCACCUGAAUGCAUCUUACGUGAUAGCCCCUCAGGGGAAAGCCCAUUAUCACACCCGAGUGGUCAAUGGCUUCCUGGAGCAUCUAUUAAUCCAGCACAGAAUUGCUUAAAUGUAAAUGGCAAAAGAAGUUUGAAUGAUACAGUAAUAAUAUGGCGUGAUGAACAACAUGAUGAUCUCCCUCGACAAAGGAUGACACUCGAGGAAUUGCGUGAAGAAGUUUGGUUAGUUGCAUAUGCUCUCCAAUCUCUGGGUCUGGAGAAAGGAUCUGCAAUUGCAAUUGAUAUGCCAAUGAAUGUCAAGUCUGUGGUUAUCUACCUAGCUAUCGUUCUUGCAAGUUAUGUUGUUGUAUCAAUUGCUGAUAGUUUUGCAGCUAGUGAAAUAUCAACCAGGCUUAAAAUAUCAAAAGCAAAAGUAAUAUUUACUCAGGAUCUUAUUAUGCGUGGUGACAAAAGUAUCCCCCUUUACAGUAGAGUUGUGGAUGCACAGUCACCUAUGGCUGUAGUUAUCCCUGCCAAAGGAUCUGAAUUUAGCAUGAAACUGCGUAAUGGUGACCUCUCUUGGCAUGAUUUUUUGGAGAAAGUCAAUAAUCUCAAAGGCAAGGAAUUCAUAGCUACUGAACAACCAAUAGAGACAUUCACAAACAUUCUCUUUUCUUCUGGAACAACAGGUGAUCCAAAGGCAAUUCCAUGGACCAAUAUUACUCCUCUAAAAGCUGCUGCAGAUGCAUGGUGCCACAUGGACGUUCGUAAAGGUGAUGUAGUGUGCUGGCCCACUAAUCUUGGAUGGAUGAUGGGGCCGUGGCUAGUAUAUGCAUCCUUGCUAAAUGGAGCUUCAAUGGCUCUGUAUAUUGGAUCCCCUCUUGGGUCUGGCUUUGCCAAGUUUGUACAGGAUGCUAAAGUAACAAUGCUUGGUGUUAUUCCAAGUAUUGUACGGAGUUGGAGAAGUACAAAUUCCACAUCUGGCUAUGAUUGGUCUUCUAUCCGUUGCUUUGGCUCCACUGGUGAAGCAUCUAAUGUGGAUGAAUACCUUUGGCUGAUGGGGAGAGCUCUCUACAAGCCUAUCAUUGAAUAUUGUGGUGGUACAGAAAUUGGGGGUGGAUUUGUUUGCGGAUCACUACUACAGGCUCAGUCAUUAGCUGCUUUUAGCACACCAGCUAUGUGCUGCAGUUUGUUUAUUCUUGAUGAUGAAGGCCUUCCUAUUCCACAAAAUGUUCCAGGAAUAGGUGAGUUGGCUCUUGGUCCGCUCAUGCUUGGGGCUUCAAAUACACUGCUUAACGCUGAUCAUUACGGUGUCUAUUUCAAAGGAAUGCCUCUCUUGAAUGGAAAGGUAUUACGGAGGCAUGGAGAUGUAUUUGAGCGUACUGCUAAAGGAUACUAUCAUGCCCAUGGUCGUUCGGAUGAUACGAUGAACCUUGGGGGAAUCAAGGUGAGUUCAGUUGAGAUUGAACGCAUAUGCAAUGGAGUAGAUAGCAGCAUUCUGGAAACAGCUGCAAUAGGGGUACCACCUUCUGGUGGUGGGCCUGAGUUGUUGACUAUAGCUGUUGUAUUCAAGGAUUCAAAUAGCACAAAUCAAGAUUUACACCAAUUGAGGAUGUCUUUUAAUUCAGCUCUCCAAAAGAAACUAAAUCCACUGUUCAGGGUUUCUCAAGUAGUCACACUGCCAUCUCUUCCAAGGACGGCAUCCAACAAGGUUAUGAGAAGGGUUUUGCGACAGCAACUUAGCGAAACUAACCAAAAUUCUAAAAUAUAAUACAAUCAUGUAAUCUAAUAUUGAAGAUUGGAUAUCCUGGACCAGGAGCGAUCAUGGUACACAUUUAAAAGUAUUGUUCUUUUUGGUACUAGAAAAUAAUAAUAUUACGGUAAUUACAAUAUAAUGUACAAAUGGUAUAAAUAAUUCCCAUUUGUAACAAUAGAAAUAAAACAGAAGAAUAGGAGUUUGAAUUGUAUUUUGAAAUCAUUUUUGAAAACCUGUUGGGUUGAUCAAAACCUUUUAUUAA